AUGGCUGGUGCAUUCCGGUUGCCAAUGGAGUCGGAGAACAAAACCCAGGGUUCCCAAUCGGCGCGCAGUGAAACAAUACUGCCGGUGCAGCUGCAUCGCGAGCUACUGAUGGCAGCUAGGGAGGGCAAUUCGGCACGACUAAUUCAUCUUCUGGGUAAUGGCGAGGCGACCCAGCCAGUGCCUAGUGGCCCUGGAGUCGUCGUCAACAUCGGGGACGCCCACGCCACCAUGGCCAAGUCGGCGCUCGCCAUGGACCUGGAGCUGAACAAAAUCCUCCAUGUGGUCGCGUCCAGUGGAGACAGCCCCAACUUCUUGGAGAGCGCGAGGGUCGUCUACGGCAAGGCCAGCCACCUCCUUGAUGGAUGCACCGCCAAGGGAGACACACCCUUCCAUUGCGCUGCGAGGGCUGGGAUGGUGAAGAUGCUCUCUGAGCUCAUCAGUCUUGCCAGAGCUGAGGGCGGUGGUGGCGACAGGGUGAAGGAGGUGCUCCGAAAGCCGAACAAGCAAGGGGAGACGGCCCUUCACGAGGCCCUCCGCUUCGGCGACAAGGCGAGGGUCGAGGCCAUGGUCAGCAUGUUGAUGGCGGCGGAUGCUGAACUGGCUCGGGUUCCACCUGUGGACGGCACCUCGCCGCUGUACCUGGCCGUCUUGUUGGGGAAUGAUGAUAUUGCCGAACGACUGCAUCAACAUGACGAGGGGCUCUCUUAUUCUGGACCAAAUGGACAGAACGCCUUGCAUGCCGCUGUUCUCGGAAGCAUCAGGAUGACAGAGAAUCUACUGAAAUGGAAUAAGUAUCUCAGCAAACAAGGGGACAAAAACAAGGGAAGUACGCCCCUUCAUUUUGCCGCAUCACGUGGGUUUCGUGAAAUGGUCACGGCACUGCUUAAUUCUGACAAAUCUUUAGCGUACCAGCCUGACAACGACGGGUCAUUCCCCAUACAUGUGGCAGUUAUUGGAAAGAAUCACAAUGUCGUUUAUGAACUGCUCACAAAGUGCCCCGAUUGUGCCCAGCAACAAGAUGCUCAAGGGAAGACAUUCCUCCAUAUCGCCGCCCAACAAGGCUACUCGGACCUAUUUUGUUUUGUCUUCCCAAUGUUACAAGGAAAGCCAAAAGGAAAGCCAAGUUUUGCGUCAAUCAUAAAUAUGCAAGACAAUGAUGGUAACACCGGACUGCACCUUGCUGUCAAGGCCGGGACGUUGCGGCCAUUUUAUUUUAUGAUGUUGGAUAAGGAUGUUACGUUAAAUUUAUCAAAUUGUGAGCAGAAAACUGCACUUGAUCUUUCACAGAGCAAUAUACCCACCGGAGUUCAGUUUGACCUGGAUCCUAGGUUCACCAUACACUCUCUGCUGAAAUUAGCUGGUGGUCGAUAUGGUGGUGCUCACAGUGGAAACCAUGACCCUGAACUAGAUGAGAAGGAGGAGGCAGAGAAGAUCAUGGACUGCACACAAACCAUUGGCGUCGUAGCAGCGCUAGUCGUCACGAUUACAUUCGCAGCGGCUUUCUCUGUACCCGGUGGGUACCGCGCCGAUGAUGACCCUAAGUUGAGCAACCACACCGCCGGCACGCCGGUGCUCGCCGCCUCUCCCUCUUUCCAGGCCUUCAUCAUCGCCAACAACAUAGCAAUGUUCUGCUCCACCAUGGCCACCAUCAGCAUUGCGUACGCCGGGGUCCCUGCUGUCGACAUCCGCACGCGGAAGAGUGCUUUCGGCUGCUCCGUCUUCUUCCUCAACAGCUCUGCUCGGAGCUUGGCUGCUGCGUUCGCGUUCGGCAUGUACGCGGCGCUGGCCCCAGUCGCCCACGCAGCCGCGGUGGUCACAUGGAUCUGCAUGGCUGCCACCUUGGUUGACGUAGCUUGGUUCGUCACCUUAUUCUCGACGUCGCAGCUGGUGCUUUGCAAUAGGCUGGGAAUUGUCACUGGAGUUAGCCGCCAUUACCAAUAUGGGGUUGACAAUGCUGAACUUUGGGAUAGAGUUCUUGCCGAGAAGGUCAGAUAUGUGCGCAAGGUGAGCCUUGAUCUGAAACAGUAUGAGUACUACACCAUUGGAAGAUAG